AUGUUUUCUUCGGCACUCAAGUCGUUCAGCUCCAACAUCUCGGCAAACUACCAGAUCGCUCCCAACCCCACCGUGUACUCCGGCCCCUGGAAAAUCCAUGAUGCCAAAAAGAAGUCCACAGGGACACCAGCGUCGGUGUUUAUUUUCGAACGCAAGACCCUUGACCCACGUUCCGGCGGUUUCGGCUCACGUUCGGGAUCCUCAACGAAAAGGUUGCAGGAAGAUGUGAUCGAGCGGCUCAAGCGCGAAGCCAGCAACCUUGCCCGGCUAAGACAUCCAUCUAUUCUCCAGAUGCUUGAGCCAGUAGAAGAGACGCGCAGCGGUGGCCUCAUGUUCGCAACGGAGCAUCUCACGGCCUCGCUGUCUGGGGUGCUACUGGAAAAGAACGAUCAGGAACGUGCGGCGGGUGCUGGGUCGCGAUCGAGCCGUUAUAUGGCCGAAGAGCAGGACGGAACGAGGCGAAGAAGAGACCUGGAAAUUGAUGAACUAGAGAUCCAAAAGGGCCUGCUACAGGUUGCAAAGGGCCUUGAGUUUCUGCACGAGUCUGCGGGUCUAGUCCAUGGCAAUCUCAGUCCGGAGGCCAUCUAUAUCAACGGCAAAUCCGAUUGGAAGAUUUCCGGUCUUGGAUUCGCUGGCCCUCCAGACUCCGCCGAUACUCGUUCAUCGUUGCCUCCAUUGGCUGUUUCUGAGGUGCUCUACCAAGAUCCACGACUGCCCAGCUCUGUCCAGCUGAAUCUCGACUACACAUCACCGGACUUCGCCAUGGACUCAAACAUAUCGUCCUCGGCUGACCUGUUCUCCCUGGGUCUUCUGAUAGUGGCUUUAUAUAACUCGCCGCAUACAUCGCCUUUGCAAACCCACUCAAACGUAACGACCUACAAGAAGCUCUUGAGUUCCCCGUCAACGACUCCGUCUCAGAGCAACAAUUUUCUCUGCGCAAACCCAAUACCAAGAGACGUCUUGUCCCACGUUUUGCCCCGGCUAAUUACUCGAAGGCCUGCUCAGCGCAUGAAUGCCCGAGAAUUCCAGCAAUCACAGUACUUCGACAAUAUUUUAGUGUCGACCAUUCGCUUCUUGGAGUCUUUGCCAACGAAGAAUUCAAAUGAAAAAUCACAAUUUCUGCGUGGUUUACAACGAGUCCUGCCGGAAUUUCCGGUUUCGGUGUUGGAGAGAAAACUCCUGGGGGUAUUGUUGGAGGAAAUGAAAGACCGCGAGCUUCUUGCACUCAUUCUACAGAAUGUGUUUAGCAUUCUGCAACGAAUUCCCAAUGGCCGCCGCACUUUCCCCGAGAAGAUUAUUCCUCAAUUGAAGGAGGUGUUUGGGACGGGCUCGGGCAAGCCAUCUCAAGAGCGGGACUCCAAGAAAGAUGCGGGAUUAAUGGUCGUGCUGGAGCACAUGAAGCUUAUUUCGCAGAAUUGCUCAGGCUUGGAGUUUAAAGACGACAUUUUGCCUCUGAUCCGACUCGGCUUGGACUCACCUACACAUUCCUUGGUCGAUGCUUCGAUUAAGUGUCUCCCUGCCGUGCUUCCUGUUCUUGAUUUCAAUACUGUGAAGAAUGAGGUUUUUCCUCCCAUCGCGAGCACAUUCAGUCGCACCAGCAGUCUCGCCAUCAAAGUUCGCAGUUUAGAAGCUUUCAGUGUGCUUUGCGGAGGCUCUGCAGACGACCCCGACGAACUUGGCGAUGACCUCUCGGGUCUCCAGCCUCAAUCGAAGCCCAAAUCUUCCAUCCUGGACAAAUACACCAUCCAAGAGAAACUCGUCCCGUCACUGAAGGCCAUUAAGACGAAAGAGCCCUCGGUGAUGAUGGCCGCACUGAAGGUAUUUCGACAAGUCGGGGCAGUCGCAGACACCGAUUUCCUGGCUUUGGAGGUCUUGCCAGUCCUUUGGAGUUUCAGUCUGGGGCCGCUUCUGAAUCUUCGCCAAUUCAACGAUUUCAUGGCAUUGAUCAAGUCUCUUUCCUCCCGAGUGGAAAAGGAGCAGACGAGAAAGCUGCAAGAAUUGUCUUCGGGCGCCGAUACCUCGGGCUUUCAAAACGGCGGAGGCGGCUUCUCCCAGUCUUCUACCGAUCCUUCGUCGCCCGAACUAGACGGCGCAAGAACCAACUUUGAACGUUUGGUUCUUGGGAAGAACGCUGCAGCUGCGAAUGGUCAGGAUGCCGACCUCUGGGGCAGUAUGGAACCGGAAACAGCAAACCCCUCCCAUUCAAGCAUGUCGCCUUCGUUCUCGUGGUCUUCAAGCAAUGCCGGGGUGGCCAAGCAGACCAGCGCAAGCCAGCCCACUGGUCUUGGCUUCCGAUCUAUCACCCCCGACCAGAAACUGAGCUCAUUCCCGUCUCUUGAGCCCGCCAGACCAACCCCUCCGCCCACACAACCCUUUGCUCCCAUGCAGCCGUCGUCUUUGUGGAAUGCUUCGACCGGUCAACAACCUCAGGGAAGCCGACCUGGGCCGUCUUUGUCGUCUUUAUCCAACAUGACUUCCUCGACCCCGAUGUCCAGGCCAACGUCCCUACAAGCUUCUAACUACUCUGCAUUCUCCAUACCACCCCCUCCGUCAGGAAACGUGGGCACGAACAACGUGAGACCCCCGAUGAAUACAACUAUGACAUCGACAGCGUUUUCCAGCACCCCAUCUCAACCACCCCCGACACAAAGACAGGGGCUGGAUAAAUACGAAAGCCUGUUGUAA